CUUAUUCGCCUCUCAACUCAUUCCCAACUCUCCUCAGUUCCCUGCUGUCCUGUGCUUCUCCCCUUUCAUCCCCCGGCUCUCUCCAUUCCGGUGGAUUCAUGCUCAGCUCUCGCCCUCCUCGGUCGCCAUGCAGAACAACCACACCAAGGAGCAUCUCUUUAAGAUUCUUGUUAUAGGGGACCUCGGGGUUGGAAAGACCAGCAUCAUCAAGCGGUAUGUGCAUCAAAACUUCAGCCCCAACUACCGAGCCACCAUCGGGGUGGACUUCGCCCUCAAAGUCCUCAACUGGGACCAGGAGACGGUGCGCCUGCAGCUGUGGGACAUCGCAGGUCAGGAGAGGUUUGGCAAUAUGACCCGUGUGUACUACCGCGAGGCCAUGGGCGCCUUUAUUGUGUUUGACGUCACAAGGCCCGCCUCCUUUGAGGCCAUCACCAAAUGGAAGGAGGACUUGGAUUCCAAACUGUCCCUUGCCAAUGGGAAACAUGUAGCCACUGUGCUUUUGGCCAACAAAUGUGACCAGGGUGGGGACGUACUGACCAAUAAUGGAAUAAAGAUGGAGCAGUUCUGCCAGGAGAACGGCUUUGUGGGAUGGUACGAGACGUCCGCUAAGGUGAGAACACAUUUAUGA